CCUCCCGUCUCCGUCAGCCCUGGCGCCGCCGCGGCCGCGGCCCGAGUAGCCGAGCGAGGCGGCGGCUUCGCCCCUCGCCAUGGGAGGCAGCCCAGCCCUGGCCUGGGGCCCCUCGCGCCUCCUGCGCCGGCUCCCGCUGCGGCUCUCGGGGCGCCGCCCCCGCCUCACUUCGAAGCCGACAUGAAGGGGCCGCGGGGCGACGGCUGGGUCGCCCCCUUCUGCAUCCGCCUCAACCACUCCUCCCCGGGCAUGUUGGCGCCCGAGCCGUCCGCCGACGCGGGGGGCAACCUCACGCGCCCCGCGGGCCGGGCGGAGGACUGCAGGUCGGUGUCCGUGGCCUUCCCCAUCACCAUGCUCAUCACUGGCUUCGUGGGCAACGCGCUGGCCAUGCUGCUGGUGUCGCGCAGCUACCGGCGCCGCGAGAGCAAGCGCAAGAAAUCCUUCCUGCUGUGCAUCGGCUGCCUGGCGCUCACCGACCUGGUGGGCCAGCUGCUCACCAGCCCCGUGGUCAUCGUCGUGUACCUGUCCAAGCAGCGCUGGGAGCAGCUCGACCCGUCGGGCCGGCUCUGCACCUUCUUCGGUCUGACCAUGACCGUGUUCGGGCUCUCGUCGCUCUUCAUCGCCAGCGCCAUGGCCGUCGAGCGGGCGCUGGCCAUCCGCGCGCCGCACUGGUACGCCAGCCACAUGAAGGCGCGCGCCACCCGCGCCGUGCUGCUCGGCGUGUGGCUGGCGGUGCUCGCCUUCGCCCUGCUGCCCGUGCUGGGCGUGGGCCAGUACAGCGUCCAGUGGCCUGGGACGUGGUGCUUCAUCAGCACCGGCCCAGGGGGUAACGCGACUGGCUCGCCGCACGACUGGGGCAACCUUUUCUUCGCCUCCACCUUUGCCUUCCUGGGGCUCUUGGCGCUGACGGUCACCUUUGCCUGUAACCUGGCCACCAUUAAGGCCCUGAUGUCCCGCUGCCGGGCCAAGGCCACAGCGUCUCAGUCCAGCGCCCAGUGGGGCCGAAUCACGACCGAGACGGCGAUUCAGCUUAUGGGAAUCAUGUGUGUGCUGUCUGUCUGCUGGUCGCCACUCCUGAUAAUGAUGCUGAAGAUGAUCUUCAGCCAGACGUCCGUCGAGCACUGCAAGAUGCACACGGAGAAGCACAGGGAGUGCAGCUUCUUCUUAAUAGCCAUUCGCCUGGCUUCCCUGAACCAGAUCUUGGAUCCCUGGGUCUAUCUGCUGUUAAGAAAGAUCCUUCUUCGGAAGUUUUGCCAGAUCAGGUACCACUCAAACAACUAUGCAUCCAGCUCCACCUCCCUGCCCCACCAGUGCUCCUCAACCCUGAUGUGGAGUGACCCUUUGGAAAGAUAAUGAAAGGAUGAAGUUGGACUUUUCAUUGCAAUUCCGGCUUCCCUGAGUUUAUUGUUUCUUUCCACUGGAGAAGGAGGAUUUUAUAUUU